AUGUCAACCACUCCUGUUAUCAAAUUUUCAACUAGUAAUAAACGUAUGCCAAUCUUAAUUUGUGAUGGGUUUAUCUAUCAACUGAACAAAAGUAAACCAAAGAUCAAGUAUUGGCGUUGUAAGGACAGAAUGUGCUCAGCUUAUAUGCAUACCGAUCAAAAUGAUCAGUACCUAAGCAAAUCAGGUGAUCAUUAUUCACACUUACCCAUGCCGGAAUCAAUUGAACUAAGUAUCUUUAAGGAGAAGGUAAAAAAACGGGUUGUAAAAGAGACGGGUGCAAUUGGAAAAAUUUAUGAUAAUGAGUUAGCUGCGGCUACUUUUACUGAUGCUGCUCUUGCACUUGCUCCAUUGCCAAUUGAUGCUAAAUCAUCUCUCAAUCGUCUAAGACGACAAACAACACCAACAUUACCGAAAUCCUCUAUUUUCGAUGUACCCGAUGCUUACUCAAUAACAACUAAUGGCGCAUCAUUUGUCUUCAGCGAUACAUUAGUACGCAAAAAGAGAAUAAUCUUGUUUGCUACUGACGAACAAUUACGUACACUUUUCUCCGCAACACAUAUUAUGAUGGACGACUAUCCAUGUGUUAUUGGUCUCCUUCCAGGUCGUACUGUUCCGAUCUACAAACAUGUUUUCAACUUGUUGGACGCUGCAGCACGCCGUCUCUAUCUCAAAUUUGAACCGAAACACAUUAUGUCGGACUUUGAAAAGGCUCUCAUCAACACAAUAGCUACACAGUUCCCGAAUGCCAAACACUCCGGAUGCUUUUUUCAUUACACCCAGUGUCUGUUUCGUCGUAUUCAGACACUGGGCUUGAGCACACUAUACAAUGAAAACAACGAAAUUAGAUCGUUGUGUAGACACUUAAUGGCUUUACCUUUAUUGCCGGUGAAAGACGUGGAACAAGCUUUUGAAGAACUUAAUGAACAAAUACCGGAGGAAUUAGAACCACUCUUUGAAUAUUUUGAAGGAUGGUGGAUGAAACAAGUACCUAUUCAAUUAUGGAACGUAUCUGAUCUAAAGUCAAAAACUAACAAUAAUGUGGAGUCUUGGCAUUCCCGAUUCAACAAGAGAAUUGAAAAGAAACACCCGAAUGUGUGGGCGUUUAUCAACUUACUGAAAGAGGAAGAAGUCCACUUUCAACAACAACUUAUACAUGCCAAUUCUGGCAAACUGAAAAAAGAUUCAAAAAAAACAUGUGUAAUGCAAGGUAAACUCAAUCAAUUACGAAAGCGUUACGACGAUGGAUUAAUUCAAUUAUCUGAAUAUCAUUAUCAGCUAUCAUUGUUAAUUGGUAUGAAAUCAAAAUAA